GAAACCUUAAAGAAAGUUUGUUUUGGCAGCACACAGGAUCGUAAACAAUUCCCAUAUUACUGUGCACCAGACCGCUUGGGUAAUGAAUUAGCUCCUAUCAAAGGGAGCCCGCAUCGUGGACCUGGAUGCUACAACAAUGAAGAGGCGACCAACAUGAUAUAUCUUCAGAGCAGGAAACCCAUGAGUAAAAAAGGAUACACUUUGGGAGCCAGAACAGCAAAACGUUUCAGCUCUAAUGAAAAGAUGGAGACUCCAAGUCCUGCAGAGUAUCAAUCGUUUUGGUCCAAAGAGCAGGCAUUUUCCGCAAGCUAUGCUCCUUUCAAUAUCAAAGCUUUACGAUUUCCAGACAAAAUGACAGAUAUCUCACUAAAUCCUAGCCCAGGAACUUAUGAGCAUAACAUCGAACAGGGCAGAAAGGUGUCCUGGCCUGGACGAUUUGGAUCACCUGACUGGUCUUCUGUGCCCUCUUUGCAGAAGAGAACAUUAAGAUCAGAGUUAUCAACAGACAAAGAAUUUAGGAAAAACAGGAAUCGGGUGGCCUAUUUGAGUCUGUACUACAUUUGA